CUCCCUGCGCGACUUCCGGAAGUUGGCUUAAAACACAAACGGAAACGGGGUUUAUCACCAAAAAUGGAUCCAAACUGUAUUUUUUGACGGUUCUCGUCGCCGUCUCCGGGCCUUUAGAGGAUGUCCAGCACAGUGAGGAGCGGAGACAUCAUCCACCUGAACGUCGGAGGGAAGAGGUUCAGCACCUCCCGCCAGACGCUCACAUGGGUUCCUGACUCCUUCUUCUCCAGCCUUUUGAGCGGCCGCAUCUCGACUCUGAAGGAUGAAACUGGAGCUAUCUUCAUCGACAGGGACCCCUCCCUGUUCGCUCCCAUCCUCAACUUCCUGCGGACAAAAGAGCUUCACCCGCGCUCCAUCAACGUGCACAUGCUCAUGCACGAGGCCGAGUUCUACGGCAUCACGCCGCUGGUGAGGAAGCUGCAGCUGUGUGACGAGCUGGACCGAUCGUCCUGCGGAAACGUGCUUUUCAACGGUUACCUGCCCCCCGCAGUGUAUCCGGCGAAGCGUCGUAACCGUCACAGCGUGGCCGGGUCACAGUUCAUGGCGGGCCGGGUCGUGCCUGUAGAGCGAGCGCCGGUCAGACGCAGCAACACGAUGCCUCCAAACCUGGGGAAUUCUGGGAUACUGGGGAGAGCCGUGACCGAGGAGAGGACGUCUGCAGGUCAUUCAUCUGACCCCGGCAUGGUCCGGAUCAUCUGUGGCCAUCAUAACUGGAUUGCUGUGGCCUACGCGCAUUUUGUCGUCUGCUACAGGGUGAAGGAGUCGACUGGGUGGCAGCAGGUCUUCACCUCUCCUCGCCUCGACUGGAUGAUUGACAGAGUCGCGCUCAACGCUAAAGUGAUGGGCGGCUCGCUAGGAGACAACGACAAGAUGGUAGCUGUCGCCUCGGUGACGGAGAUCAUCCUGUGGUCCAUUUGCCCAGACGGCAACGGCAAUGAAAUUGGCGUCUUCAGUCUGAAUGUCCCAGCCGAGGCUCUCUUCUUCGUUGGUAACCAGCUGAUAGCCACCAGCCACACCGGGAAGGUCGGGGUGUGGAACGCAGUCACUAAACACUGGCAGAACCAGGAUGUGGUUCCCAUCAGCAGCUACGACACCGCCGGCUCCUUCCUCAUCCUGGGCUGCAACAACGGAUCCAUCUACUAUAUCGAUGUUCAGAAGUUUCCACUGAGGAUGAAGGAUAACGAUCUGCUGGUGACGGAGCUGUACAGAGACCCGACCGAGGACGCCAUCACUGCUCUCAGCGUCUACCUCACGCCCAAAACAAGUGACAGCGGGAACUGGAUCGAGAUUGCGUACGGGACCAGUUCUGGGACCGUUCGAGUCAUCGUUCAGCAUCCAGAGACGGUUGGCUCGGGGCCUCAGCUUUUUCAGACCUUCUCUGUCCACCGCAGCCCCGUCACCAAGAUCAUGCUGUCAGAGAAACACCUCAUCUCAGUUUGUGCAGACAACAACCACGUGAGGACGUGGACGGUGACUCGCUUCAGAGGGAUGAUCUCCACCCAGCCGGGGUCCACGCCGCUCACCUCCUUCAAGAUCCUCAGCCUGGACGACGUUGACGGACACGGAGGCUGCAGCGCCGGCACCGAGAUCGGGCCGUACGGAGAGAGAGACGAUCAGCAGGUGUUUAUUCAGAGAGUCGUUCCCGACACGGAUAAACUCUACGUCAGGCUGUCGUCCAACGGGAAGAGGGUGUGUGAGGUGCGUUCGGUGGACGGGACCUCCAUCACGGCCUUUAUGGUCCACGAAUGCGAGGGCUCGAGCCGCAUCGGCUCUCGGCCUCGUCGCUACCUGUUCAGCGGCCACAGCAAUGGUAGCAUCCAGAUGUGGGACCUGACCACCGCCAUGGAUAUCGCCGGCAAGGUCGACAUCAGAGCGCUGGGCGGACCUACAGAGGAGGAGCUGCUGGAGCUGCUGGACCAGUGCGACCUGGCUCUGACCAGAACACCUGACAGCACACCGAGAGCUUCUACCUGCAGUCUUCACUCUCAGCUCAGCGACGCCUUCAGGACCGAGCAUCUUCGCUCUGCAGGAGGAGGACGAGGAGCAGCCGGAGCUUCAGGUUCAUCUGCAUCGCUGUGCGGCAGCCUCCCCCGACAGGCCCCGCCCCCUGUUCCCUUCACCAAACUUGUCCGAGACACUGGCCUUUCAGCCGCACAGCAACAGGUCCCCUCCCUUCCCAGCUCCAGCCAGACCAGCAGCCCCCACAACCUCAGGCAUCCAGACCGGGACAAAGAGUGUGCGGCUGUCCGCAGGGGGAGCUUUGUGGAGCGCUGCCAGGAGCUCGCUAAGGGUUCAGAGGCGGCUGUGAACGCGGGGUUUGGGCUCCCACCGGGGUCAGAGGGCAUCAGAAGGAGCCUGGCAGUGUGCAGCGAGUUGGAGGCCAGAUUCGGUCUCAGGACCCCUCCCACCUUCUCUGUACCCCCUGCUGCUCGAUAUUCACCCGGAUCGCCGUCAUCACUGUCCUCUUCACCGCUGUCCUCGACAUCAUUACACCGCAGGACCUCGCCCAUUUCUCCACCAAGCCCCGCCCCCACAGCUAUGAGCCCGACCCACUCUCAGGCACCAGUUUCACCUCGCCGCAGCACUGCAACGUCACCCGCCGACUCCUCUGGGACUCCCGAGAGUCCUGCCGUUCCCGACUCCCCUGCUGCUUCUGGCCCGCCCACCAGCCCCAAACCACACAUGAAUGAGACCAGCUUCUGAUUGGCUGAUUUACCUGAGACCAGACGCAGCAGCUUCAGUUUUCUCUCGCCACAUGAUGGCUAAAAAAGUCACAACUAAAACAACUGACGUCAGGUCAGAAUUGAGGACAAAUACCUAAAGAAAUCAAUGAGUUGUUGACCUCCUUCAGUGUUUACGGAUAACAGCACCUUCAGGUCUUUAUUUCAUGUAAAAAAAAAAAGUAACAAAGGUUCUCUGAAACCUGCAGAGAACGCAAAAUGUCCCUCCAUCUUUUCAGAGACACAACCAAUGAGUGCGGCGCUUUCAGGCCGUGGGAACCUGGAUUUAGCUUUUUGGCCACUUCCAUGUUGGUUUCUUGGAGCCAGAAGUGACGAUAUAUGGAGUGCUAAGCUAACGCUAGUGAAAUGCUAGUGCACAUUAGUAUGUUAGCGAUAGAGAUGGCGCUACACGUGUCUGCCUCCAUCUUGUUGUCGUUGGUUUUCCAUGGCGUUAACCUUCCUGCCAUCCCCGCAAUGGCGAUAGUGAGAGCUUCAGGAAGUCCUCAGAUCUCCAGAUCUUAAUAUUAACAUUUAAUUUAGCCUCUGUGUCAAAUGGAGACAUUUCUAAGAUCAUUCUGAGGGUAAAUGUGGCGCUGUUAUUAGAGUAACAUGUCGCACUGUGAGGUCAAAGUUCAGCUUUUGGUGGCUGAAGAGACCAAAAACUGAGCUAAAAGAGGAAAUGCCAAAAUUGAGACUCCUCAAGUCAUCGAGCACAAGAAAACAGCUGUUUGUAGCAUUUCUAACCAGCAUUGUUUCUAAUAGUUUCUAUUGGACUUCAUGAUGGGUUUGUUUUGGGGGUUUUUUUGUUUUAUUUUAUUUUGGGGUUUUUUUUUUUUACACAUUUGUCCAGCACCCAUUCUUUUGUUUCAUUUGUAUGCGUGCAAACUUACAGUUUAACCAAACGGACCCUGAACGUCUCAGUCGCAGCCAGUGAGCCAAACAACUCUGAGGAAAGCUGAUAAUUCCCAAAUAUCUCCAAGAACUUCCCUGGAAAAACACAUCAAUUCAUUUAAACCUCAAGAAAUAUUUAUUCUAAAUUAAAUAUAUUUGAAUUGCAGAGUAGUGUCUGAACGUAUGUGUGUGUGUGUCAGUUAUUUUUCCUAAACAUACCAAUUAAAGGGUCAAAAAAACAAAAAAACUUUGAGCUCAUCAGAACCUGUUUUCCGGGGAUCUGCAGGAAGAGUUCUGAAAUGUUUGUUCUGGACAUUUAAAACUCCUCACAUUACAAAAAUGAUCCUCUGCCCUCAUUCACUGGAAGUGCAGAAAUGGAGUGAGCAAGCUCGGAGAAGAUGUUCUGUAGUACACUUUUGUGCCAGCAGGUGGAGACACCAGUGUUUGAUAGUGAUUGGGUUCUUCAUGGUGUGUUCAGGGCCAUCUUGGGCCAUCCCAGGUUAAACAGCUUUUUACUGUUUAACCUGGGAAUCCUGAUGAUGUAUUAAUAAUUCAAGCCAAUAAUAAAUAGUUAUUUGGGGGGGGGGGGGGGUCAGAUACGGUAACAGCUGAAGGGUCGUUGUGACACAGGCGGCACAUGACGCACAAAAAAGAGUUGUCACUUUUGUGUAUACAUGAAUUCAGCAAGUUGUGAUGGCACGGUUGGUGCAAAUGUAAAUGUUGGAAAAAGAAAUACAUUUUAAGAUCAGACAUUUCUGUAAAAUGACCCCUUUAUAAAAAAAAUUAUAGCAUUAAUGUUUUUCUUCUUACAGCACCACCAGCAACACAGCUCCAGGGUCCAUCAUUGUCUUUGUGUGUUUUAAAAUGUUUAUUUUACAUUUUUUUAAUAUAUAUCAUGUUUAUCAUAUAUUUCCUAGUUUUAUAUAUAUAUACAAAAUUGCAUUUGUGAAAAACUUUUUACUUGACUGUAGUGCUUAGAAUUCUAUAUAAUUGAUUAAAAAAAAAAAAAAUAUUGUCAAAUUGAUGGUUCGAGAGGGUGUAACUGUUCAAAUAACAUGUUUCAUUUUAACAGAGAAAUAAACUGUGACCCUAAAGUGUC